AUGUCAGAUUCCGAAGAUGAAAAGCCCAAGUUGCCUCUCAUUAAACCUAUGCGAGGAAUAUUGACAAAAACUGGCUUAGAUGUUCAGGAAAAAGCUCUAAACGAAAAGCCUACUUCCCAAGAUUUCAUUUAUUUCCCAUCGAUUACAUAUGGAAAUCGUGGAGUUGAUCGGCGCUAUAAUGUGAAUACUUUGGCGUACGGUACCUAUGACAUCAUUAAGUUGCUGGUAAGUGGAGGAGUCCCACCUUUUAUUUUUCAAAAGGAAUAUUGGUAUGCCCAGCAAGAAAGACUUUGGGAGGAUUCUGAAUUCAAGUAUUGCCCUAAAAUCAGAAGAAAACGUGAAUUGUGGGAGCCAAAACUUGCCGGAACUACCUUUAAUGCACAAAUUGAUAAAGAUAUAACAGAGGCGAGGCUAAAACAGAAGAAACUGCUAAAAAAGAUUUCCAUGAGGGCUGAUGAAGUGAGACUCCGAACAGAUGAUGUAUUAAGGAAAAAGACAGAGAAAAUGGACAACCGUGUUAAGGCUUUCGUGGAGAAAAUGGAAAAACGUGCGCAGAAAAAUGGCAGAAAAAAAUUUGAUAAACGCCAGUGAAGGUCCCAAACAAAAAUUAUAAUGUGGAUAAUAACCUUUAUCUUAAAACUAUCUUGAAAUUCCGGUAUCAUUUUAUUGCGUUUUAAUUAUAAUUCCGUCAAAUAUUCUAUUUCAUUCAAACUUGUGACUGAUUAUCGUUAAUAAAGCUGUUUCGAAAUCCGUAAUCAGGAAAAUUCAUUUUGGAGAUUGUAAGAAACUGUAUUAAAAGACAGAUUUGUACAUAGAAU